CUCCUCCUUUUUCUCAUCCUUCUCCCAUCUCUUCCCAUCAUCUCCUCAACAGCAACAGAAACAGCAAUAGCAACAACUUUAUCACAUCCUCCAAAAAACAUCUCGUCUUGUCUCCUCACCGCCGGCGUUCUCAACUUCACAACCCCAUCAUUAUCUCCAACAACCUUCUCUCAUCUCCUCCACUUCUCAAUCCAAAACCUUCGCUUUUUUUCUACCCUUCUUCCCAAACCUUCCAUCAUCAUCCUUCCUUCCUCUCUCGCUGACCUCAUCUCCUCCAUCCUCUGCUCCACCCAUUCUCACCUCUCCAUCCGUCUCCGCAGUGGUGGUCACAGCUAUGAAGGUCUCUCCUACCUCUCCUCCCUCCCUUUCUCCCUCAUUGACCUUAUCAAUCUCAACCAUUUCCACUUCCACCCUUCCUCCCUCUCCCUCUGGGUCCAAACCGGAUCCACUCUCGGUCAAACCUAUCACUUCAUCUCCACCCUUAAUCUCUCCCUCGCCUUCUCCGCCGGCUCUUGCCCUACCGUUGGCAUCGGCGGCCACAUCUCCGGCGGUGGCUUCGGUCUCUUAUCUCGCAAGUUUGGUCUAGCCGCUGACAACGUCAUUGACGCUAUCCUCGUUGACUUUUCUGGUCGUGUUCUUGACCGGAAGUCAAUGGGUGAAGACGUAUUUUGGGCUAUUCGUGGCGGCGGUGGCGGCACGUGGGGUGCUGUCUUUGCAUGGCGUCUUCAACUUUCCCUUGUUCCUACUACUGUUACUGGGUUUAUUGUGAACCGACCCGGUUCGGUUCGGUUUGUUUCCGGUUUGGUUUAUAAGUGGCAACGGGUUGGUCCGAGUUUGCCUGAUGAGUUUUAUCUUUCGGUUUUUAUUGGGGCUGGUUUGCCGCAAAUGGUGAACCGAACCGUUGGUUUGUCUGUUACUUUUAACGGUUUUUUUCUCGGGCCGAGGUCUGAAGCUUUGGAGAUUUUGAACCGGUGGUUUCCGGAACUGGGUUUGACUGAACCGGAUUGUAAGGAGAUGAGUUGGAUCGAGUCGGUGGUUUUUUUCUCCGGUUUAGGACCGAACCGGACGGUCGAGGAUCUCAAGGACCGGGUCCUGCACGACCGGAAAUUCUUCAAAGCGAAAUCGGAUUACGUGAGGGAACCGAUCUCGAGACAGGAUUGGAUGGCGGUGAUUGAAUGGCUGGUGGUGGAGCCCAAAGCUCAUUUGAUACUGGACCCGUACGGUGGGGCGAUGAGUAGGAUUAACGGCGGGGAUUUACCGUUCCCGCAUCGGGAUGGGAACUUGUAUGGGAUUCAGUAUCUGAUUGAAUGGACGGCUGAGGAUGAAGGAAAGGGUCAAGAGUACAUCGAAUGGUUAAGAGAAUUUUACGAGUUUACAAGGGGGUUAGUGUCAAAAGGGCCAAGAGCUGCAUAUGUGAAUUAUUUAGAUUUAGAUUUAGGUGUUAAUUAUUGGGAUUUGAAUGGGGAUAAUGCAAGGGUUUAUGGAGAGAAAUAUUAUUUAGGGAAUUAUGAUAGGUUGGUUAAGGCUAAGACAGCUAUUGAUCCUAAUAAUGUGUUUAAUAAUCCACAGAGUGUGCCACCUCUGCGUUUGAGUUCUAGUGUAAGUUCAGAGAAUGGGCAGAGUGCUGGAUGAUUGGGGUACAAUUUUUUUGUUGUAUUUCUUAAAGGUAUUAUUAAAUCAAAAUCUUUGGAUA